AUGGCAAAGCACGCAGCCUCCGACACGCUAAAAAAACGCCAAGAAGAAGAGGAAAAGGCAAGAGCUUACCGGAUUGCUCACGCAAUUUGGCUGGAUGAGCAACAGAAGCCAAAAGACAAGCGCCUGUCUUACCGGGAGGUGGCUGAGGAGGCACGCAAGCGAUGGCAUGCCAAGACAGGCCACUGGCUGAAGCUGAAUCACAACACUGUCCGUAAUCACGCAACUGGCAAAACACGUCCUCGGGAGGAGACUAAAUGGGAUUCAUCUCAUUUGAGCGCCGUCGAAGAAGAAGAGGUUGUCAAUUACCUCAUCGAGACGGCAGCUCAGGGCUUCGGGCUGUCACAUCGUCGUUUGAAGGAGCAUGUCAUAGAGCUCUGCCGAGCGCAUUAUGGCACCUCCUUUCCUGGUCUUGGGAAGCACUGGUCCCACCGCUUUGUUGAGCGGCAUCACGAACGCCUUCACGUAUACCGGACUCGGCCACUCCAUGAUGUCCGAGGGAAAGCUGCGAACCCAGAAAACCAUAAGGCCUGGUGUGAUCUCGUUGAGAACGUCCAGCUGCAUGGAGAUGAGGGCAACGCAAUUGCACCUGAGAACACGUACGCGCUGGAUGAGGCAGGUUUUCAGGCUAAUGGUGAUGAGGGAGAAGAGCGGGUGAUUGGCGGAGUGGGCAAGAACGUCCAGUACCAGCAGCAAGCUGGAACGAGGGAGACAACGACUGUCAUUGUCAAUAUCUGCGCGGAUGGGACUGCCAUACCUCCAGCCGUUUUGUUUUCUGGAAAGGGCUUUGCGGUUCGGUGGAAGCAAGAUAACCCUGCAGAAGCAAUGCUGGGAUACUCGAAGAAGGGCUGGACGGAUAACGAGAUCGGCAUCGAGUACGCAAAGCACUUUGAGCGAAUGACUCGUGAGAAGGCGGGUGGCAGGUGGCGAGUCCUCUACGUCGACGGACAUGGUUCACAUGUCACUCGCGGGUUCUUGAUGUUCUGCAAGGCGCAUAAGAUCCAUGUCUUGUGCUAUCCUGCCCGUACAACUCACAUUUACCAAGGUCUGGAUGUCGUGAUAUUCAGCCCGAUGAAGCAAAGGUUCGGUGAGAACCGUGACAAACUCUUUCGAGAGACGGGCCAGGAGAUCUCAAAAGAGAACUUCCUGAAGGUUUAUGGUGACACCCAUCUUGCGAUACUACAACCGGAGUUAAUCAAGAAGGCGUUCUCGAAGACAGGAAUCAUACCUUUUAACCGUGACGUGAUCUCCGCCGAUAAGCUCGCUCCCAGCUGCGACACCUCGUUUCGGCAUUACACCCCAGUCGAGCCACCGGCUGCUGUCCGCAUCAUGACGGAGCUGAUCAUUGACACCCUCCAGCCUAUCUUCAUCACGUCGUCUCCAAACAAUGAUUCGGAUACAGAUUCCGAAGGUGAGGAUGAGGGAGCCAGUGGGGAUGCGGUUGACGAGAGAGGUGAUGAGGAAUAUGAAGCGGGUGAAGAGGAGGAAGAAGCGGUGGCGGAUGGAGAGCAGGACAAGGAGGUGGAGGAUGGUGCUGAUGAGGAGGUAGAUGAUGUUGAGGAGGGGGGUGGUGAGGCUGGUCAUGAAGCGGGUGAGGAGGGAGAAGGGGAGGAACAAGAACCUACGACAUCCACACCCGAUGAGGACGCCAUGCAGGAGGCUCUCAUUGUGAAAGCAGCAGCAGCAGAUUACUACAAGGAGCAGGCGAUCCGUAUGCAAUCCAUGCUCGUGUUGCAGCGAUUAUACUGCAACAAACUGCGUCGUCAGCUUCAAGCGAAGGAAGGAAAGGCAGAGAGGAAGAAGAAGGGGCGAGGAGGUAUUCUACGAGACGGCUUACCUCGUUUGAUGACACAUUCCGCCGUGAUUCGAGCCGUCAAGGAGCACGAGGAUGCGAAGGCAAAGGAGGCGCGCGACAAGGAGGAGAGGGCUGCCCAGCAGCUUGAAUACGAGGAGCGGAUGGCAGCAUGGCAGGCACAUGAGGAUGGUCGGGAGGCUAGGAAUGCAGCACUGUAUCGCCAGUUUCAGGAGGAUGCAAACAAGUGGACAGCAGCGCGAGUAGCAGCGAAGGAGGCGGGCCGCAAGCUGAAGGUUUGGGACAAAGCCCAUCCAAAGCCUUUGCGUUCGAAUUACAAGGAGACCCGGGUAAAACCCCCAACCAAGAAGGCGCGGAAAGAUCCUGAGGAGGAUCCUGAGGAGGAUGUGGGUGGCGACGGUACGAUAGACGAAGAAUAG